AUGGCUGAACCGCUGUUCAAUUUCCUGUUGAUACGACCUCAUGUAUCACAGGAUGCUCGCAAACCGAGCAUUCCAUUGUUGCAAAAUUCCCCUUUCCAAAAGGAACUUUUGGAUGCUCUCAAAACACAAUCCCCAAGAACUGACGUAUUGAAAGUUGUCAAAAAAUUCGUCAUCAGUAAUGAAUUCAUUGCUGACCCUACAGGGACGGAUUUUCAAAAGAAACUGCGCCAAUUUAAAGUUCUGGUUGAUGAAGCUAGCAAUGUCAGUAAUGAUUUAAAAUAUACUGUAGUCCUUGAAUUGGCAAAGCGCGCGUUUGGAAUAGCAGCAUCAGAGCUGGUUAAGAGCGGGGAGUUUGGUACUCUCCUUCAGAAUCUCCGUGAUUCAGUUGUGGCAAUCAAAUACGACCAGUCGGAACACUCAAAACCGGUCGAAGAUCUUGUCAACCAGAUCCGUGAUCUCGAGCUCAUCGAAAAAGCAGUGCAGCUGGAAAAAGAUGUACCACCAACUGUGUCAAGCGACAGUGCAAGCGAGUUCAAAGGUCCUGCAACUGAGUCCACUGAAACGACUGCUGCCGCGGGACCCCCUGAAUGGAGCGAAAACACUGCCUAUAAGGUUGGCGAUCAAGUCUCGUACGAUGGCCAUGUGAUCCCCACGACGGAUUCACCCGUGAUACAAAAUACUCAGCGAUAUCCUUUACUGAAAAGCCGACUUGACUUGCAAGCAGCAUUACGGGGCAUCAAUGUUGACCAGUUCCGAGCUGCCGCUGCGCGUUCUGGCACUACACCUCCUCCUGAUGCACCAAAAAUUUCAACAGCAACCGCUGAUCCUGUUGUGGCCGCGGACCCGCUGCAGUUACAAGACGGAGCAGGAGCAACCUCCGCUUUGGGUCUUACUCGCGAGCUUCUUACCGCCGGAGCCGGCUUGCGAGGUGUAGGGAAAUUUAUACCUUUUGCGGCAAGGCAAAAUGCGUUGAAACUUCAAACGGGUGUGGUUUUGUCCGAGAAUACAGCCGCUCUUCUACAGAAGGAGGGGAUUGAACCAGACGCGGUGCCAUUACCUGAUAUUGUCCAGAAUUUUCGUCAGAAGAUGCGCGAAGUUGAGCGAGAUUUGAAAUCGUUAGCUCCCUCUUUUGAGGAUAUACAAAUUACUCGAGUCGGCAAUACAUUGGUGAGCGUGAGGACACCUCGGCCUAGCAAGUACAGCCAGUUCCUCACCGGAAUCAAUUUUGGGCGACUUGUUCCUAAACUUCCUUUGCUCCCACCUCCAGACCCAAGGGUUCCUCACACUGUUGGCAAAGUGAACAAGAUUGGUGUCGGGGAUCUCCUUGUUGUGAGGCAGCAGUUAAUCGGUUAUGAAGGCGCUGAUAUCGCUCAUAUUGAAAAUGUGUUGAAGGGCGAAUCAAAGAGCCGUGAACAUGUUCGGACUGACAGAACAGAGACUGUGACAAGCCUCGAGACUGAGACUACCCAAGAAGAUACUCGAGAGUUAGCUUCAACAACUCGUUUUGAGAUGGGCCAGGAGACUCAAAAGCAAAUUCAGGAGGCCUAUGAGCUCAAAGGGGGCGUCCAGGUCACAGCGAAAUACGGCCCUGCGGUGGAAGUGUCCGCGAAUGUUGAGGGCGGGUUCAAUCGAUCCAAGGAGGAAUCUACCAAGACGGCAACGAAGGACGUUACGGAGAAAGCGGUCAAAAAAAUCACAGAACGAGUGCUCCAGAAGACAACUACUACAAUAACUUCUGAAGUCGUGGAGAAGAACUCCCAUGGUAUCGAUAAUACUGCCGGCAAUGUGAAUAUAUCUGGCGUUUACCAGUGGGUGAAUAAGGUAUAUGAAGCCCAGGUUUUCAAUUAUGGGCUGCGCACCCUGUUUGAUUUUAUGGUUCCCGAGCCAGCUGCAUGGGUAAUUAACACCAUGACGAAAGCCGCGGAAAGCAAAACGAUGCUGGAAAAACCGCAAAAGUUCGACUUGGAGCCUUCCCAAAUUUCAGAAGAAGGUGAGGACAAUUACGGCCAUUGGGUUAAAGUGUACGAAGCAACCGACGUGGGGCCCCCGCCUGCAGAUUACAUCACUGCGACGGACCAAAUCAACAAAGGUGAUGGCAAGCCCGAGCAAGAUUACCAGCACACUGGCCAGAUCACAAUCGAGUCAGGCUAUGAAGCUGUGCAAGUAGUCGUGGGAUGUGCGGUAAAUUACUGGGAAGAAAACUGGGUGGCCGACGUCAUUGUUGGGAAUGAGACAUGCCGAUUCAAGCAGGGCGCUGGUUUUAUUAUCCCGUUGUCUGUCGAUAAACAAAGAGGAACCAUUCCAUGGGGAGUAAAAACAUGGAACACUGCUAGCAUUAUUGUGACGGUAGAUAUCAAGUGUGCAGUCACAGAGGACGCGACUAACAAGUGGAGAGCUGAUACACAUGCAAAGCUCAUGACUGCGUAUAAAGCAAGAUUGCAAGAGUACGAGGAGAAGUUGGCGACUUUGCAGCUGCAGCAAGGAAUUACUAUUGAGGGAAGAAACCCUGUCGCAAACCAAGCCACAAUAAAGCAGGAGUUAAAGAAAAACUGUAUCUCCAUUAUCACCGGACAGCAUUUUGACCGCUUCAACUCUAUUUCAAUCGGGCCUUGGGCGUAUCCUCAAAUCAAUCUCUACGAGGCUGAAGCCGAAGGGGAAUACGUUCGGUUUUUCGAGCAAGCGUUUGAAUGGGAGCAGAUAAUGUACGUUAUGUACCCGUACUUUUGGGGACGUAAGCCCUAUUGGGCGCAGCGACUAGCAUUCGAGGACCCAGAUCCGCAAUUCGAUGAGUUCCUUAAAGCAGGCUUCGCCCGAGUUCAAGUCCCAGCGAGACCUGGAUUCGAGGCUGCUAUUGACCAUUUCCUGCAGUUCGGCGAGCUUUGGAACGGCGGGCCACUUCCGACCAUAUCCAGCGAGCUAUUCCUUCCGAUCGCUGAUGAGAUUGCGGAGAGAGCGCAGAAGCCAGGCGAAGAGCUCCCACAAGGAAAGCCUUGGAAGCUGCGCAUUCCUACGCAACUUGUUAAACUAAGGCAGGACGACAAAUUACCCAAGUGGAUAAAGAAGGAUGGUGAAUGGGUGCCAGAUGAGUAA